AUGAACUCUACCCAUCCGGAACCCAGUCGACGGACGACGGUCUGGUUAGAUGACAAACCAAAUUGGUUCAAAAUUGACACCCAACCUCGUGUAUCCCAAACACCUGACCAGCAAAUGAACAGCGGACCCGAGUCGGUGACUAUUCCCGCAGCAGGACCGACAAUCAGAGUUUCCCCUCUAAAGAUACUACAGACGACAGAGGAUCUGUGGCAGACAUAUGAACCUGUUGUGGAGAUCUUCCUUGGUCGCAGCGUUUGCCUUGCUCAUCGUCGAACGAAGAAGGCCGAGCUAGUCAACAUCGAACGACUAAAACAGCAGUCAUCAUCAGUUGUUACUAUGGUCGAGUCGAUGACCCAGGUCUCCCAUCCUAGCUUUCCAAGUCUGCUGGAUUGUUACCAUCACGGAGAUGACGCGUUUCUGGUAUGGGAACCAGUGGAGCUUUCUGUCAACCAGAUUCUGGCAUCGAGAUGUCCGAUUACUGAGAGCGAUAUUGCCGCGAUCGUCAGACCGGUUCUUGACGGAAUCAAGUAUUUGCGUGACCAGGGGAAAGCGCUCCCCAUAUUGAGCAUGGACACCAUCUUGCUCACCGAGUCGGGCCAAGUCAAAAUCGCUGCGGUGGAGCGCAGUUGCGAGAUCACUGCGUCGGAGAUGGAUGCGCCCACCUUGAAACUCCUCGCUUUGGCGGAAAUUGUGGAGAAAUUAAUGAAGAAAAAUCCACCCCCGCAUCCAUGGAGCGCCGAGGUCCAGCACCUGCCGGAGCAGCUGAGGAGUCUCUCUGUGGAGGAACUGCUACAAGUAAGUGUCCCUUUCAGUGUGUCGACUACCAACUCACCGAAUUCAGAAAACGUAUCUCAAACGACUGGCACGGGAUGGAGGCUGAAAAUUCUCGUGAAAGUAGCAAACAAAACUGCCAGCCAUAGGGUGGAUUUCUUCGAUCGCUCAUGA